AUGUCCAACAACAGCAACACAUCUUCUGCUACUCCACGAGACACAAUGACCCACUUAGAUUUUUUCAAGAAGUUCAAGAGAUUGAACCCUCUUGAGCCUUCUCUUGGCUUUCUUGGCUUCUUUUGGGUCACUCUUGUCUUCACUGGCUGCUUCUUUUACUUGGAUUACAGGACUGUCACUCGUGGCCUUCGCCACCAUGGAUUUCUUGAUAAGGAUGUUGUUUGGUGUGAUGUUUUCUACGGGAACUGGGUUUGGGAUGAUAAUGAUCCUAUGUAUCGGAGUCAAGAUUGUUCCUUUAUAGACACUGGUUUAGGUGUUUAG